AGGCCUUGGCUCCCCGCUCGAAUUGUCAGAGGAGAAGGGGAAAAGAGCAGAUGGCCCUCGUCUCCCUUCGCCUCUCUCCCCCACUCUUCCCAAACCCUAAUCCUAACCCUAAAUCCACACCAAUCUCUUACUCUCUCCCCAAGCCCUCUCAUCGUCGAUCCCCAGCCGUCCGCUCCUCAUCCAGCGGCCACGAUCCAACGCUCGACCCCCCUCAUCGAAAGCAGAACUCCGCCUUCAUCCUCCCCCUCGUCGCCUCCGCCGUAUUCCUCAUCGGAUUCCGAGCUCGCGCUUGCCCCGUCCUCCCCUCUCCAGCUCCCAUCACUGAAACCCUAGACGUGACGGAGAGCUCUGAGGAUGAGGAGUUUAGGUCUGCAUUUGAGCGCUGGAAGUCGAAGACCUACGCCUUGACUGUGCCUUUGAGGAUUGUUGCCCUUCGUGGAUCGGUUCCGCCUUCUUGGAUCAAAGAUUUCUUUCAAGCGCAAGGCAAGCGGGUGAAGUUUAGUUCGGAUUACCGAGCAACUCUAGACUCGAUUUACUCAGAGAUGUCUACUGCUUUGAGUAAAGGUUCUGUGGAUACUAAGAACGCAAUGUCUGCUGAUCUUGUGUCCGUCGGUGGUUCUUGGCUCAGUUUUGCGAUCAGGGACCGGUUGAUUGAGCCCAUAAAGAAUGUUGAAGAGCAAGACUGGUUCAAAGGUUUAAGCGAAAAAUGGAAGGUUUAUUUAUGCAGGAAUGACAAGGGCGAAUUAGAUCCUAAUGGUGAUAUAUGGGGUGCCCCUUAUCGCUGGGGAACCAUGGUAAUAGCAUAUAAGACCAACAAGUUCAGAAAGCACAAGCUGACCCCAAUUGAGGACUGGGGAGAUCUGUGGAGGCCUGAGCUUACUGGGAAGAUUUCGAUGAUUGAUUCUCCCAGAGAGGUCAUUGGUGCAGUUUUGAAACAUAUGGGGGCAUCAUACAACACAAAGAAUAUUGACUCACAAAUCUCUGGUGGCAGAGAAGCCAUCAUGCAUAACUUGGUAAUGCUUCAAAAACAGGUUCGACUGUUUGACAGUGUGCACUACCUGAAGUCAUUUGGAGCAGGAGAUGUUUGGGUUGCUGUAGGAUGGAGCAGUGAUGUUAUACCUGCUGCCAAGCGCAUGUCCAAUGUGGCUGUGAUUGUUCCCAAGUCCGGGGCUAGUCUGUGGGCAGAUAUAUGGGCAAUACCUGCUGCAAGUAGAUUUACCGGUGAUCAAAUUGGUGGCAGAAUCAGAGGCCCAUCUCCACUAAUUCAUCAGUGGAUUGAGUUCUGCUUGCAGACUGCAAGAGGUUUGCCUUUCCAGCAGCAAAUUGUCCCAGGAGCUUCACCCGUUGCCCUUGAACCCAUUUUAGUUGAAGCUACUCGAGAGUCCACGAAGGGAAGGCCGAAGCUUGAAACGAAUCUCAAUGAUGGUGUACCUGCGCCUGAAAUAUUAUCAAGAUGUGAGUUCCUAGAGCCAUUAUCAGAUAAAGCAUUGGAAGAUUACCAGUGGUUGAUAUCCUGUAUGCAAAAGCCAUGUCAAGGCUGGGUUGGUAGCACAUUACAACGGAUUACUUCCUUUACUCGGACACAUAAACUGAGCUCAUAAUUUUGGUGAUGAAAACCUUGUGAGAUUGCAAACUGGCGUUUUAUCUCGUUGGAACUAAUUUUUUUGUCGGGGUAUAAGUGUAUGGUCAUUCUGGGGAACAAGAAGUUACACUGAUUAUCAUAAAUGGAACUAUUCUUUUUCAUCUAUA